GUUAAGUCGUUUUUCUCCCCCUCACUGAGGCCGACAUUGCAUUCCCGUCAUGCACCAGCUCUCCCUCUCCCCUUCUCUCAGUGUGUAAAGUGUAGGUGAAGAAGUUAUAACCAUAUCCUAUUUACCAGACCGGACUCAUUUCUAAAUCCACAGCCUACAUCAAGAUGCAACGAUCAGAUUAGGGCUCACGCAAUCUAUAAUAUAUUACUUUUUUGUUGCAAUAUGUAAAUGACCUCUAGUACUAACUUAAUGAGUGCUUACAGCAUCCUGAUGGAUCUCAGACCUUCAAGAUGGAUGAACGUUUAGUUGCGAGUGUCCAAACCCGUCUAUGAGGCAACCUGACCUGAAAGUCAAACGAGGAAGCGCGAUGUGGUGGGAUUUUGCUGGUUUUCUUUACAAGUGAACAAUUUUAGGCGAAGGGGAGUUGACGAUGCUCAUGCUGGACCAGUACGUGGUCAUAUGUCACAAACUGUCACGUUAAUCGCCUCAGGAAUAAGGGUUAGCGACAGCCAGAAGUGAACUCUUUACCUCUAAGGUAACCCGAGAGGUUAAUUAAGGAGUAGUACAGUGAAUAUCAUGUGCACCACACAAAGUGUGUAAUAAUAAAAUACACGAAAUUAAACUGGACACAUUAUACAGACCACAAAGUGAGAAAGCCUGGUCAGUUUUCAUGAUAGUGGUGUUGCACAAUCACAACGCACAAAUCUGCAGUGAGUGACACUUCCAGAAUCUACAAGAACUCAGUCUUAACGUCGGAAAGCCUCUUAAAAUGUGUGUGAACACGGUGUACUGUCAGUUGUAGGAGAGCACCCUGAGGUUCACUCUUCAUCUCUUCUAGCAUCAAUCUUAGCUGUGCACCAGCCAGUGAGAACAUUGCUGCCCUUUGCCUUUACCCUCCACUCCUCCUCCUGUCCUCUUCCCUCUCCCUCCCCCUCAAGCUGUGGACCAUGUCUGCCAGUGGGGGGUUGAUGGAGGGAAACCAAGCUAGGGAGGACGAGGAUGCUCGGGACAGCUGCUGUGCCGAUGAAGAAUCGUCGCCCGUGGUGGAGAGGAGGAACAGGAGCGGGAUCAUCAGCACACCUCUCAGCAAGAGCCUCAAACACUCCCGAGCGCUCUCUCAGUACAUUGCAACAUGCUCGGCCGCAGCUGCAGUAGCUACUGCUAAUGCUAACAGACUUGCCCAGAGCUCCUUAGUACCUACAGGAAUUAAGUCUCACUCAGUAGACGCCCAGCACAGAGGCCAGGUGGGACUUACCAAACUGGACCGAGGCGCACUUGUUUCUAGCCUUUUGGACUCUCCAAGCGGUUUGCAUCUGGCCCAGGCAGCUGAGCUCUUACGACGAGCUAGCAUGCUACUUCCUGUCACUGACUCCUCCAGCCUUGGUGUGGGUGGGGACAUGGAAGCAGUCUCAGCCUCUGAUUCGCUGGGGAGUGUGACAGACUUUCCGUUGUUGAGCAAUAGUGGUGUCGGGGGCGCUUUCCCGUUCCACCCGGGCCUGUUCAUCAUGACGCCGGCUGGAGUGUUUCUGGCUGAUGGGGCACUAUCGCAGGUCACAGGAGCUUCUGAGCAGCAGCAAGCACACAGUGAGAUGGCAGCGGCUGCUAGUGCCAACGCCAAGAAGAAGCGCAAACGCUGCGGUUUGUGCCCGCCCUGUAGGCGCCGGAUCAACUGCGAGCAGUGCAGCAGCUGCCGUAACCGCAAAACCGGCCACCAGAUCUGCAAGUUCAGGAAAUGUGAGGAGCUUAAGAAGAAACCAGCUGGCGGUUUAGAGAAGGUGAUGCUGCCCACCGGAGCUCCUUUCCGCUGGUUCCAGUAGGACGACAGCCAACCGGACUCCCUGGCGAGAUCAAAUUAACAAACUGCCAAUCACGCGCAACGCCAACGCCCACUCGGACUGCUGCUGGCUCAUAAACACUAGCCACAAAUAACAAAACGAAUAAACAAACAGCCUCUACAAAACAAGAGAGGUAAAAAAAAGGCACUAAACGAGGACGAAGCUAGUUCUUCUGAACCAAAAAUAGACUGCCAAGGCAGCGUGUCACUGCUUUGUUUAUUUUUUGUUUGUUUGUUUGUUCGUUCGUUCGUUCGUUCGUUCUCUAUGUUCCAAUCGGGAACCCGUUCGACUUUUCAUUGUUGGAGUCGUGUCCAUCGUUGGACACUUUGGGAACUGUGGACUGCCAAACAGAAGAUGUACAAUCAUUUUAUUUUCUGUGUAUUUUUUUUUUAGUUUUGUGUGUUUUGUCCGUGUGUGGAGGAAUGCUGUAUUUGCGUUAGAGAAUGUAAACUCGAAGACUCUGUAUUAAAGCUAGUUAUUAAUCCAGAGCGCUAUUGUACAGUUAGCAAACAUCGCGCUUACUGACUGCUUCAGUAUAUUUGGAUUUGUUUGUUCUUUUCUUUAUUAUUUUCAGUUUUUUUUUUUUUUUUUUUAGUUUGUCAUAAUAACUGGUUUUCAGAUCACUGUUUGAUAACAAACCAGAUGAAAUGACAGAAUUAAUCAUGAUGUAGCAUCCCCUUUGGCAAACAAACAAACAACAACAACAAAAAACAUCUACUGUUUUUUUUAUUUGUAUUGUGAAACAGAAUCAAUGUAGUUCUGCACUGACGUCAUUCGAGGAUGGCUGAGACAAAUAGGGGCUCGAGGACCAGCCGGCGGCGUUUACAGAUCAGAUUACUUUCCACGUUGGGCCGUUGCCCUACUGGAUCCUGAUUGGUCAAAUGGAAAUCAUUGACACCACAGAGAUCUCUAAACAAAAAGUGAGGGCCUUAUCGUGCUAAACCCCGUCAGAAAGCUAUCGGUACGUUUACCUAGCUUGCGAGAUUCCGAGUGAGAUUAAAAGGGCUCAAGGACAAAAGGCAUCCCUCCCUCCUGCACCAUAACCACAUGGCGGAGGCCAUCUUGGAUGGCUGACCACAAUCCGCUUAAUCAGUCAUGCUGGUGGUGUUCUCUUCUGAUUUUGUGUUAAAGCCUGGUUAGAAACGGACCAAGCCCAGGUCCCUAAAGUGUCUGAAGGUUCUUUAGUGCGACAUCCAUGUUUCCACAUCCACCAUCCCGAGGGCUGCGUUUGUAAACUGAAUAAACGAAUGCAUGUAUCUGUGUCAGAAACCGACAGUUCUGAGGUUGCAGCUUUCCUCAGCUUUGGAAUAAAUAGAAAUACCAACCUACACUGUUUGACCCUGGAAUAUGUAAAUGUGUCACACAAAGUUUAAUGGAUUUGGAUAACAGAUAGGGUCCUGCUAGAAAAGGUUGUUCAGGGUGAAAUCAGGUUGACUUGCCCAGACAAAUUUACGCAUUCCCACGUCACAAUGUGUUUAGUAGUGUGUAGGGAGGAUUUUAUAGCCUGCAUGUGGGGGAAAAAAAAAAGCAGUCGCAUCCGUGUAUUUUUGUUUGGAGUGUAGGAGUGAAUGAGUGUCUAGGUCUCGGUUUUGCUUUUGUCUUUUUUUCCCUCUCUGUGUAAGAUCUGUCUGGAUUAAAUCUUCAGCCUAUUACAGAAACAAUGGGCCUCAUUUAUGAAUCGUUUAGUACAAUUGUGCGUAAAAAAAAAAGAAAAAAAAGAAAAAAAAAAAAUCCAUCCCAUCAGAUUUUUAUGAAAGUUUUGGUCAUGCUGCAUAUGCUGAUAAAUGCCAAUUAUUCAUAAAUGACUGAGUGUUCACAACACAGCUGAUUUAUAUUUACUGACGUCUGCAAAACACCAUAAAAAGUCUAAAAUGACAGAGCUAAAAUAUGAUAACAAAUGACUCCUACUAAUGCAGCUCAGCCACUGCAGCAAGUCAGCUACCCUAAUUAACUCUUCCUCCUGUUCUAGGGUGCCAUUUUAUUUUAACCAAAUUAAAUGGCUAGUUUUCUUUUCAUGAAUUUGUACAUUUGUUCUGGAUUGCUUUAAGUCAUGAUAUGAAAUGACUCGUGAGUUUUCGAAAAUUUUCAUUCAAUUUGUGUGUGAUUGAAAUAAAUAAGCUAUUUAAACUUCA